CUUUGAUUACAAAGAAAAUUUAAAUAAUUUAUGAUGCUUCGUGUAUUAUUUAGAAAUUUUUCAAGAAUUGUUCAAAAGUUACCCUUACAGUUGUAUUCUAAAUUAAUAUUGAUAUUUUCACACGUUCUUAGAUAUUUUGAUAAAGACGAAUAAUUAAUGUAAUCUGGUGAUUCAGUUUAUAAACAACACAGCGCAAUAAGUGGCAGUAACGAAAUUACGUGUUCUCAGAUUUGCACAUAUCUUAAAAAUUGUUUAAUCUUCUAACUGAAAAGUUUCUUGAUACAAAAACUUUGGACAACGCAAUGCAGCCCUUUUAAUUUCUAUUUUCCUGUUUUUGAAAUUACCGAUUUGUCGUCUAUUCGUUAUGAUGUUUCCCAAUAAUUCCAUCUAAUGGCAAAAAUCUCAAAGGCAGUUUCAACUGUAACUAAUGCUAAACAUCGUAUCAAGGGGGCGAUGGUUAUCGGCAAUCGUGACCGAGUUGGAAACGAUUCUUUAAACUCAUUUUCAAAUUAAAGAACGCUAAAACAAAGGAAAUGACGAAGUGAAAUCUUAGUCAUUAAUGAGAUUCAAACAGAAGCCAAAAGGUCGGUCGACAAGGCUUAUGGUUCGCAUUCGUUUAAGUAGUUCUUUUCCGACAAUUCAGAAGCGUGUCUCGUGCUACAGAAAAAGGUAAAUUUCGAUCCACAACUGCCUGAACACGUGAACUCACUUUUCAAAUUGUAUUGCCUCUCGUUUCCAGUGUGUUGUUCGAUUUCGUGGCAUUCUUAGCUAAGAGAAUAUAUAAAGAGAAUAUCAAUUUUUAAGCUGUAAACGUUCUUCGAAAUCUUUUAUGGAUUCCUUCAUGGAGACUUCAAUUUGGUGUUGCUAAAAUGUAUUUUUCGUCUUUUCCUUUUCAACUUUAUGUGACUUUUAUCGAACUUUAUUUUUUAAUGAUCUAACGCGAUGUUGGACGAGAAACAACCAGCAAGGAAACAAGAAAUGAAAUGGGCGGCUAUUUUAUGGUACAUUUAUAUACACGUCCUCGGAGUAUACGCUAUCUGGUUUUUGUUCACUUCCGCUAAAUGGAUGACUGUGAUUUUUACGUUGUUUAUAACGACCCUUGGUUGCCUUGGAGUGACAGCAGGUGCCCAUAGAUUAUGGGCUCACGGUACGUACGAAGCCACGGGAUCUCUUAGGCUUCUCCUCAUGUUGUUUCACACCCUAGCAGGAGUGGGUUCGAUACACGACUGGGUAUUGUAUCACAGGCUUCAUCACAAGUAUUAUGGGACAGAUAAAGACCCUUAUAAUCAUAAGAAAGGAUUUUUCUAUAGUCACUAUGUAGGUAAUAUAUUGUCACCGAGUAUGGACCUUGAAGAAAUCAAACGUGAGAUCGAUAUGCGUGAUAUCGAGCAAGAUGGCUAUGUUUGGUUUCAAAAGAAAUUCUACUGGCCAUUAUUCAUAAUAUUCGGACUAAUAUUGCCAUUGAACGCGCCGCUGGAAUACUGGGACGAAUCGAUGACUGAGACCAUACUGAUCACGGGAGUGCUGCGAUUCGCCAUUACGGUGAACGUAUCUUGGCUGGUGAACAGCGCGCGCUUGAUCUGGAGUAUGGAAACGCAAAAAUUGCCACAAGACAACAUCAGUGUAUUCUUCCUAACGAAGUCAUUUUGGCCGAUGUAUCACUACAUGGUACCAUGGGACUGGAAGUGCGGUGAAUUCGGCAGCUACGCGGACGGUUGCGCCACGUUUUUCAUCAAAAUAUGGCACGAGCUCGGUUAUGUUACUUUGUUGCAAACAACUGAUUCCGAGGAUGUUAGAGAAAUGCUUCACGAAGUGAGCAAGAAGAAAAUGACGCUUGCGGAGGGCCUUGGAAAGCUGAAAGAAAAAUCUAUGUACAACGCAAAAAAACUGAAGCUGAUGGUUAAGAACUGAGCUGAAAUUAAAAGUGUACCGAUUUGUCGCAGCUUAAAACGAUAGAUUUCAUUGUUCUUUUAUCGUCGCUUUUAUCGUCUUCCUUUACCAACGUUAUUUAAUAUGAUUCUGAGCAUCGACAAAUCGUACAAGUUAUUACUCACUGACGAAUAUAAACCUUUGUUAUAUUUUGAUAAUAUAUUAAUUUUAUAAUAACAAUGAUAUAAUUUAUGAUGACAAAACCACACAAAAAAGAAAAGAUCAUUAAACAUCCAUGAUUAAAAUUUCAUGCAAUUACCUUUAGUUUAUUAAUCAUUUUGUGUACAGAAUAAUAUAUUAGUUAAUUAGAGCAUUUCGUCUCAAUUGAAAAUUGCGAAACUGUCAAUUGCUCUAGGUUGAUCGGUAUUAGAAGAAUAAUAAGGCAAUGAAAUAUAGUGGAACAGAUAUCACCAUGUGAAACAAGCUUAAAUUACUAAAUCGCGAUUCCAUCAAAUUAUAGUUUAAACGAAAUUACAAUUAAAUUCACACAACAAAUUUAAUUUUGAAUUCAAUAAAAACAAAAAAAAGAAAAAACAAAACAAAAAGUACAGUAAGAAAGAGAAUUAAGGAAAAAAUGAGAAAGUAUGUCCGCUCUAAAUGAAUCGUUCAGUAAAUGCCCGGUUACGUUACUACUCAUGCAACGAGAAAGAAAUUAAUCAGACGAAAGAAACGAUUAUCCUGAAUGCUCUUAUAUAAUUAUCGGCAUGCUACGAAAUGGAAUAAAAUCAAUCAUUUCGUCCUGAUCUGGUAACAAAACAACAUAUAUAUUUGUCUCUUAAAAUCUGGUAACACAUCACACUUUUAUUUAAAGUUAAGAUUAAAUCUUAGAACUAAUCUCAGAUAGUUCCUUGCACAGUAAACGUCUGCGAACGGACAUAUUUGUACGUCUGCGAAAAGAUCUUAGUAUACUUGUAUGCGAGUUAUUUCUUUAUACAUAUGGAAAAAAAACACAUAGAAAAAACGAGGGCGAUCUCGUGAAAAAUACCGUCAUAUAUACUUUCUUCAAAAUUUCGCACAACGUUAGCGAAAUUUGCCCCCCUCGUCUUUUUUCACACUAAUUGCUAAUCUCUAUGUAAUCUUUGAUAUCAAUCUUCUGUGUACACCGUCGUACCGCCAUCGUAACGCGAAUUCAUACAAUUAUCACACUUCUUAUACUCACAAGUGAACACCUGAAAAGCCAGUAGGGUGAAGGAAAAUAAGUAGAUGCUAUAUAUGGAAACGAAGAAUCGGUCAGAAACAUGUAAUCAUAGCGACAACCAAUUUUCAGAAAAACAUAUAUGACGGAUACGGCGAAUGUUCUCUAAAAGUGUACAGAUCGGUGAGAAACAUGUUGAGCAUCCUUUUUUUUUUUUUUU